AGUUUUGAUCUCAUUCUGAAAUUGAUACAUGGUAAUUGGAUAUUUUUUCAUAUAGCACAGGAUUCUUGGUAGAAAUGUCAAGUUGAACUGACAUUGUACCCAUUUUAAGACAUUGUGAGAUGACCCUGUACAUCUUUGUAAUCUUUCAUCUUUUACUGGAGGUUAAAUCGCAAGGUUUGGCCGCCAUGUCAUCUUUGCCACCAAUCACAGAGGGCAGUCCAACUAGAAUGACCCCCAAUGGAACCUCUCAAGGGAAUUUGUUCACUGUGUCAACAUCGAACACAACAACACCUUUGGCUGUAACAUCCAGUACUGAAAUCAUAACAGAUUCGAUAACCAAUAUGUCCAGUCUAAGUACCCAUGACAGCCAUAGUUUAACAGAUCCUGCAAAUGCAUCCUUGGAAUCGACUAUGCUUACUGAUACAGAACAUGCCUCAGUUUCCCCCUUGAUGACUGAAGGCCCUGAAAUAAAAAAGUACUCAAAUACAAAAAUGUUUUUCUUCAUUGCUGUGGCUGCAAGUGGUGGAGGAAUUAUACUGACUGGACUCGUGGGCAUGUGUUUGUAUGGAUGUACACGAAAGUCAAAGGCAGAGAGGAUUUGGAUCGAAUUCAACAGCAAAAAACAGGGACUUUCUUUACCAGCGGCCAGUUCAGAAACAACUGGAGAGGAAGAUGCAGUGCUUUAUUCAAGCAUCAACUUCAUGCAACCCCCCUCUCAACCACCAGGAAACAGUGAAGAAUCAGUGCAAAAUGAGGUUGAACUGAAUCAUUUGUAUUGCACCAUCGUCACCAAACCAGCCAUCUCCAGUGACAGCAGGAGUGUUUACAGUCAGCUGAAGUUUCACUGAAAGAAAACAACUCUGCUAACUACUGUUUACAGGCCAGAGCUGAUCAAUCUUCAUUUUAAACAGUAUUUAAUCCUCUAUAGUAAAUGCCUUUUAUUGUAAAUGUUGUUGUAACUUCUGCUUCUUAUUUUCCAUUAUCUUAACCUUUCAAAACUGUGUCAUAAACGUCUGUCUGAUUUCGAUUAACUUGUAUUUUCUGUAGUUUCACACGUACAGUAUAACCACAUCAGAAGGCACACAGCAUUAAUAUGCAUAGUUUUAAGCAAUAAUAAUUAUCUAACAACUGUUAUACUGUGUUAUUGUGAAUGGCAGUUGUAUUGAUGAACAUAGAGACUCUCAUAUUUUGUCCUGUUGCUUUGUGUAAAUAUUUUACCUGAUUUUCAUUAUUUAAAGCACUUGUGUUUCUCUUCUUGUUCCUUUUGUACUUUUUCCCUGUUCCUCAAAGUUAGGUCUGAAAUCUCUUUGAAGACUGAGUAAUGGCAGCUGAAAAUUCAGCUUUGCCAUUAGGAAUACAAUAUAUUAAGAUUGAUUUUAAAUUGGAAAAAUAUUUCACAAUGUUACUAGUUUUGUAUUUGUGAUCAAAUAAAUGCAACCUUAGUGUGCAAGAAAGACUUUUUUUCAAAAACAUUACAAAAAAUCUUUCCAAGCCCAACCUUUUGAAUGGUGGUGUACUGUAAGAAAUUAUUUUAUAUUAAUAACUUUUUUUUUUUCCCACUUUUUUUAAAUCACAAUUUUAAAGUUUCUAAACAGACUUACAUCAGAAUUUAAAUAGUUAAAAUUAUAAAACAGCAGAUGUCUUGUUUUUGCAGCUCCAUCUCUGCUCAACCACAAUGGUGUCCUGUGGCUUAACACUUCAGACAAACACAAAGAAAAUUGAUAAAUUUACUUUAAUAUUAAAAUUAUAUUCUGAACUUCUGAACAAAUAAAGGGUUGCUGAUCAUUAUACUUCUGUGUCAUAUAUUAAUUUUAUAGAAAUAUAUCGUGACAUUUGGUCUAUAGGUUUCCUUUCAUUGCUUGCUAAGUUACUUCCUCAUGUAUGUACUGAUGUGGUGUGUGUGUCUGUACAUCAGUUCAUCACUCUUUCAUGUGUCGCUGACAUGGUGCUGCUCAUCUCCCUCAUCUUUACACUCUUUCUGGAGGUUCAGCCUCAGGAUGAGCGGCCGGACAUUAGAGUCAGCUAUGAUUCUCAAACGGGUGAAUUUAGAAUUCUCUGUGAAAUACCAGGAUCAGAUAACGGCGGUUAUACUUGUUUUCUUUCUCUUGGAGAUGAAUAUCCACAAUUUAAAAAGAUACAAUCUCACGAACUGUCUGGAAAAACACUAUGUCGUUUUACAGUCGUGGAAUAUGAAUUUUCAAGAUGUGAUUUAGAAACAUCUCUGACUGGAAAAUCCAGUACUUAUUUUAAGUCCACAACAAACCUCACUGCUGAAACUUCUCAGCCUUCACAACCCCUCGGAGUCUCAAGGGACACCAUAGCAAGCGUAUGGUUAAUCAUGGUCAGUGGGGUCAUUGUUCUGGCCGGACUCACGGGCAUCUGCUUGUGCUGCUUCAGCACAGAGAAUCUGGGGAGGUUUGAAUAUUCUGAAGUGCAGUAUGUACAAGUCAGAAUCAAGGACAGCUCAGCUAAUCAGCAUCAAGACAGGGGUUCAUCUUGAUCUAGAGCGGAGGCCAUGGCGGAGCAAGGGAGCUCAGGAGGCCAUGGCAGGUCAUCUUCGGGGGCCCUCGGUCCCCUUAAACCCUACCACCGAAAUCCUUUCCCCCACACACACACACAAAAUCCAUGGGGCAGCUACGGGGUAUCAGAAGCCCUCUGGGGCUACACAAACAGGAACAAGACAGCCCACAGGAACAGGAAGCCCUCCUUGGGCUAAGCUCGGAAGCUGAGGCUUCUUCUGGGCAUGACGUAGAGUCAGGGGCCCUCACAGGGUCCCUCAGCAACCACCUCCACUUCUGCGACAGGAGGGGCUGAUGGCUGGGAAUAUACACAAAAAUAUAUACAGUACACAUACAUAUAUUAUGUAAACAAAACUUUUAUUGUGGAUGCGAUUUAUCGCAAUUAAUCGUUUGACAGCACUAAUAUAUAUAUAUAUAUAUAUAUUUCUUGAUACCUACUAGGGAAAAUCUGUAAUCAACUGCAAAAACCUUUGCAGCCCUCUGCUGUCUAAAACAGGAAUUUACAAAGAUGUAUGUGACAUAAUAGCCCCCUUCUAUCUUCUCACCACUACACUAUGCAUUGUGGUACAUUCAAUAGUACAAUAUUUUUACAUUUGUAUAUUAUUCUUUUUUAUCUGUGUCCUGUCCUGUUGCUGUCUUUCUGUUGCACUGUAGAGCUUCUGUCACUAUAACAAAUUCCUUGUAUGUGUAAACAUACCUAGCCAAUAAAGCUCAAUCUCAUUCA